GUUUUCACGCAGGGAAUGUCCCUUUUGGCACUUUCUGCAUCAGUUCAUGGAAUAAAGCCAAGAUGUUACGCAGAUGGUAAUUGCAAUCCGACAAAGACAGAAAGUGCAGUUUACUUUCUAGCACUUUACCUGAUAGCUCUGGGAAUGGGAGGAAUUAAGCCUUGUGUCUCGUCAUAUGGGGCAGAUCAGUUUGAUGACAUUGAUAAAGUUGAGAAGAAACAAAAGAGCUCUUUCUUCAACUGGUUCUAUUUUUCGAUAAAUGUUGGUGCUCUUAUUGCUGGUUCUGUGCUGGUCUGGGUACAAGAGAAUGUGAGCUGGGGAUGGGGUUUUGGAAUUCCUGCCAUAGCCAUGGCAAUAGCUGUUGCAUGUUUCUUUUCAGGUACUCCUCUGUACCGAAACCAGAAGCCUGGAGGCAGCCCUCUCACUCGGAUGUGUCAAGUGCUGGAAAUGCCCAUGUCCAUAUUUUGGCAAGUCCCACAAUACUUCCUGAUAGGGUGUGCAGAGGUCUUUACCUUCAUUGGACAGCUGGAAUUUUUCUAUGAACAAGCACCUGAUGCCAUGAGAAGCUUCUGCUCUGCUCUGCAUCUCACCACUAUGGCACUUGGAAACUACCUAAGUUCUCUUCUUGUGACGAUUGUCAGAAGUGUGAGCACCAAGAAUGGGAAGGUAGGAUGGAUACCUGAAAACUUAAACUAUGGCCAUCUCCAUUACUUCUUCUGGCUAUUGACAAUAUUAAGUGUGGUGAAUUUAGUCGUUUAUCUCCUGGUUGCUAAGUGGUACACGUAUAAAACACCAGUGGAUGGAGUUAGUCUUCGAUUGCCACAAUUAUUCCGAGCUUAAGAAGGUGAAGCUUGAUGCACUAAAAUUACUCUAAUAAGUGUAUUAGUCGUUU